AUGUUCUAUACUGUAUCAAUAUAUGGAAUUACUCUGUACGGAGUAUAUGGAGUAUAUGGUGACGCGGUUCAAAAUAUGAAAAUAGAACAUUCAAUAGUGUCAAGUGGCACAAAGAACCCCUUGAGUCGUGGAGAUGAAGAGACCAAAGUUAUUCCCUGGCAGAAGAACGUGCUGAAUUCAAUACUACACGCUGACCACUAA